UAGGGAUGCACUUCCCGGGCUUCAGCAAAGCCGAUGCUGCUACCAGCUUUCUGAGGGCAGCAAGAUCAGGUAACUUGGACAAAGCUUUGGACCACCUGCGGAAUGGGGUAGACAUUAACACCUGUAAUCAGAAUGGGCUGAACGGCUUGCAUCUGGCCUCUAAAGAAGGCCACGUGAAGAUGGUGGUCGAACUUCUGCACAAAGAGAUCAUCCUGGAAACGACAACCAAGAAGGGGAACACGGCGCUGCACAUCGCCGCCCUGGCGGGUCAGGACCAGGUGGUGCGGGAGCUCGUCAACUAUGGCGCCAACGUCAACGCCCAGUCACAGAAAGGCUUUACACCCCUGUACAUGGCAGCACAGGAGAAUCACUUGGAGGUGGUUAAGUUUUUGCUGGAAAACGGAGCUAAUCAGAAUGUAGCCACAGAAGACGGCUUCACCCCUCUGGCCGUGGCCCUGCAGCAGGGCCACGAGAACGUGGUGGCGCACCUCAUCAACUACGGGACGAAGGGGAAGGUGCGCCUGCCGGCCCUGCACAUCGCGGCCCGCAACGAUGACACGCGGACGGCCGCGGUGCUGCUGCAGAACGACCCCAACCCCGACGUGCUUUCCAAGACGGGAUUCACCCCCCUCCACAUCGCAGCUCAUUACGAGAACCUCAACGUGGCCCAGCUGCUCCUCAACCGGGGAGCCAGUGUCAACUUCACGCCCCAGAACGGCAUCACGCCGCUGCACAUUGCUUCCCGCAGGGGGAACGUGAUCAUGGUGCGGCUUCUGCUGGACCGCGGGGCCCAGAUAGAAACAAGGACCAAGGAUGAAUUGACACCUCUCCACUGUGCAGCUCGGAAUGGGCACCUGCGAAUCUCAGAGAUCCUGCUGGACCACGGGGCGCCCAUCCAAGCCAAAACCAAGAAUGGCUUGUCCCCAAUCCACAUGGCGGCUCAGGGAGACCACCUUGACUGUGUCCGACUCCUAUUGCAAUACAAUGCAGAGAUAGACGACAUCACACUGGACCACCUGACCCCGCUCCACGUGGCUGCCCACUGCGGCCACCACAGGGUGGCCAAGGUCCUGUUGGAUAAAGGGGCCAAACCAAACUCCAGAGCCCUGAAUGGCUUUACCCCCUUACACAUCGCCUGCAAGAAGAACCAUAUCCGCGUCAUGGAGCUGCUGCUGAAGACGGGGGCCUCCAUUGAUGCUGUCACUGAGUCUGGCCUGACACCUCUCCACGUGGCCUCCUUCAUGGGGCACCUGCCCAUCGUGAAGAGCCUGCUGCAGCGGGAAGCAUCGCCCAACGUCUCCAAUGUGAAAGUGGAGACCCCGCUACACAUGGCAGCCAGAGCAGGACACACGGAAGUGGCCAAAUAUUUGCUCCAGAACAAAGCCAAAGUCAAUGCCAAGGCCAAGGAUGACCAGACCCCACUUCACUGUGCAGCUCGCAUUGGCCACACAAACAUGGUGAAGCUCCUGCUAGAAAACGACGCCAACCCCAACCUGGCCACCACUGCCGGGCACACCCCCCUGCACAUCGCGGCCCGAGAGGGCCACGUGGAAACGGCCCUGGCCCUUCUGGAAAAGGGGGCGUCCCAGGCGUGCAUGACCAAGAAAGGAUUUACCCCUCUCCACGUGGCAGCCAAGUACGGGAAGGUGCGCGUGGCACAGCUGCUACUGGAGCAUGACGCGCACCCAGACGCCGCCGGGAAGAAUGGCCUGACGCCCCUGCAUGUCGCCGUGCACCACAACCACCUGGACAUUGUCAAACUGCUGCUUCCCCGGGGCAGCUCCCCACACAGCCUGGCCUGGAACGGCUACACCCCUCUGCACAUCGCUGCCAAGCAGAACCAGAUGGAGGUGGCCCGCAACCUGCUGCAGUACGGGGGCUCGGCGAACGCAGAGUCCGUGCAAGGCGUGACACCCCUCCACCUGGCGGCCCAGGAGGGUCACGCGGACAUGGUGGCUCUCCUGCUCUCCAAACAGGCCAACGGCAACCUGGGCAACAAGAGUGGACUCACUCCCCUUCAUCUGGUCGCACAAGAAGGUCACGUUCCAGUGGCAGACGUGCUGAUCAAACAUGGUGUCACGGUGGACGCCGCCACCCGGAUGGGUUACACUCCACUCCACGUGGCGAGCCAUUAUGGGAAUAUCAGGCUGGUGAAGUUCCUGCUACAGCACCAGGCGGACGUCAAUGCCAAGACUAAGCUCGGAUACAGUCCCCUGCACCAGGCAGCUCAACAAGGCCAUACAGACAUUGUGACACUGCUUCUCAAAAAUGGUGCUUCCCCAAACGAGGUCAGCUCGAAUGGAACCACACCUCUGGCCAUAGCCAAGCGCUUGGGCUACAUUUCUGUAACAGACGUGCUCAAGGUUGUCACCGAUGAAACCAGUGUCGCGUUGGUCAGCGACAAGCACCGGAUGAGCUUCCCCGAGACGGUGGAUGAGAUCCUGGACGUCUCUGAAGAUGAAGGGGAAGAACUUGUUGGCUUCAAGGCUGAGAAGCAGGAUACCAGGGAUAUAGAUGAAGAGAAAGAGCUGCUGGAUUUUGUGCCGAAGCUGGACCAAGUGGUGGAAUCCCCAGCCAUCCCUCGGAUUCCUUGCGUCACACCUGAGACAGUGGUGAUCAGAUCUGAAGAGCCAGAGCAGGCGUCUAAGGAGUAUGAUGAAGACUCGCUGAUCCCCAGCAGCCCGGCCACAGAGACCUCAGACAACAUCAGCCCGGUGGCCAGCCCUGUACACACAGGGUUCCUGGUGAGCUUCAUGGUGGACGCCCGUGGGGGCUCCAUGCGGGGCAGCAGGCACAAUGGCCUGAGGGUGGUGGUCCCGCCCCGGACGUGCGCAGCACCCACUCGCAUCACCUGCCGCCUGGUGAAGCCCCAGAAGCUGCCCACGCCGCCCCCGCUGGCCGAGGAGGAGGGCCUGGCCAGCAGGGUCAUCGCCCUGGGCCCCACGGGAGUCCAGUUCCUGAGCCCUGUCAUCGUGGAGGUCCCCCACUUCGCCUCCCAAGGCCGUGGGGACCGCGAGCUCGUGGUGCUGCGGAGUGAAAACGGCUCCGUGUGGAAGGAACACAAGAACCGCUACGGAGAAAGCUACCUGGAUCAGAUCCUCAACGGGAUGGACGAAGAGCUGGGGAGCCUGGAGGAGCUGGAGAAGAAGAGGGUCUGCCGCAUCGUUACCACCGACUUCCCCUUGUACUUCGUGAUUAUGUCAAGGCUCUACCAGGACUACGACACCAUCGGCCCCGAGGGGGGCUCCCUGAAAAGCACGCUUGUCCCCCUGGUGCAGGCCACCUUCCCAGAAAAUGCUGUCACCAAGAAAGUGAAGCUGGCCCUGCAGGCCCAGCCCGUACCCGAUGAGCUGGUCACCAAACUCCUGGGCAACCAGGCCACGUUCAGCCCCAUUGUCACCGUGGAGCCGAGGCGCCGCAAGUUCCACCGCCCCAUCGGGCUUCGCGUCCCACUGCCGCCCUCCUGGACGGAUAACCCUCGGGACAGCGGGGAGGGAGACACCACCAGCCUGCGGCUGCUCUGCAGCGUCAUUGGAGGGACAGACCAGGCCCAGUGGGAAGACAUCACGGGGACCACCAAGCUCAUGUACGCCAACGAGUGCGCCACCUUCACCACCAACGUCUCUGCCAGGUUCUGGCUGUCGGACUGCCCUCGGACGGCUGAAGCUGUGAACUUCGCCACCCUGCUGUACAAGGAGCUCACCGCGGUGCCCUACAUGGCCAAGUUUGUCAUUUUCGCCAAGAUGAACGACCCCCGAGAAGGGCGACUGCGCUGCUACUGCAUGACGACGGAUGACAGGGUGGACAAGACGCUGGAGCAGCACGAGAACUUCGUGGAGGUGGCCCGGAGCAGGGACAUAGAGGUUUUGGAAGGAAUGCCCCUCUUCGCAGAGCUCUCCGGGAACCUGGUGCCCAUCAAGAAGGCCGCGCAGCAGCGGAGUUUCCUCUUCCAGUCUUUCCGGGAGAGCCGGUUGGCCAUUCCUGUCAAGGUGAGGGACAGCAGUCGAGAUCCAGCAGGGUCCUUGUCAUUCCUGCGCAAGGCGAUGAAGUACGAGGACACGCAGCACAUCCUCUGCCACCUAAACAUCACCAUGCCACCCUGCACCAAGGGCAGUGGAGCCGAUGACCGGAGGAGGACCCUGACGCCACUGGCCCUGAGAUACAGCAUCCUCAGCGAGUCCACAUUGGGUGUCCUCAGCGGCGCAGACCGGGCUGACAUGAAGAUGGCUAUUAUAUCAGAGCACCUGGGCCUCAGCUGGGCCGAGCUGGCCCGCGAGCUGCAGUUCAGCGUGGAUGACAUCAACAGGAUCCGCGUGGAGAACCCCAACUCCUUGCUGGAGCAGAGCGUGGCCUUGUUGAACCUCUGGGUCAUCCGUGAAGGCCAAGAUGCAAAGAUGGAGAACCUGUACGCGGCCCUGCGGCACAUCGACCGCGGCGAGAUCGUGAACAUGCUGGAGGGCUCGGGCAGGCAGGGCCGCAACCUGAAGCCCGACCGCCGGCCCACGGACCGGGACUACUCGUCGUCCCCCUCCCAGAUGAAUGGUUACUCCUCGCUGCAGGACGAGCUGCUGUCCCCCGCCUCCCUGCACUACGCGCUCCCCUCUCCGCUGCGCGCAGACCAGUACUGGAACGAGGUGGCCGUCCUAGACGCCAUCCCCUUGGCGGGCACGGAGCAUGACGCCAUGCUGGAGAUGUCUGACAUGCAGGUGUGGUCCGCGGGCCUCACGCCCUCGUUGGUCACUGCUGAGGACUCCUCUCUGGAGUGCAGCAAGGCCGAGGACUCGGACGCCACCGGCCACGAGUGGAAGCUGGAGGAGGCGCUCUCCGAGGGACCCCAGGGCCCCAUGCUGGGCUCUCUGGACCUCGUGGAGGAUGACACAGUGGAUUCAGAUGCCGCAAAUGGCCUUAUCGAUUUGCUUGACCAGGAGGAAGGUCAGAGGUCAGAAGAGAAGCUGCCAGGUCAUGAGAGGCAGGAGGACUCGACAGGUGCAGGGCAGGGCUCAGGGAAUGAAGUGUCUCUUGUUUCAGGCCAGCAGAGGGUACAAGCCCACAUCACAGAAUCCCACACCGUGAGUCGGGUGAUGGACUCCAGCCAGGACAGACUGCAGGACUGGGAUGCGGAAGGCUCCAUCGUCUCCUAUCUGCAAGAGGCCACACAAGGCUCCUGGGGGGAGGAGGCCCUGCAAGGCCCACACUCGUUCCAGAGAACCGUCAGCAGGUCUUGGGAGCACGAAGAGGUCCUGGGCUCUGCACCGGAGCGCGCGCACACGGAGCAGCCCGAGGCCGGCAGGGACCGGAGACCACAGGGCCCCAGCGAGUGGAUGCAGGAGGCUGUCAGCACCUUCUCCCGCCACGUACAGGGGGAUGAGCUUCAGAAUAUUCCAGGGGAGCAGGUGACAGAGGAGCAUUUCACGGAUGAGCAGGGCAACGUCGUCACCAAGAAGAUCAUUCGCAAAGUUGUUCUCCACGUCGAUCCAUCCGGAGCCGAUGGCACCCAGGAGCCCGAGGAGGUGAUUUCUGGGGGGCCCCUGGAGGACCCUAGUGAGAUGGAGGCCGGUGUUGAUUACUUUAUGACUCACGCCAAGGAUCACACCUCGACACCCAACCCUUGAACUCCACACACUCUGCCACGCACCCGAGAGCUGGACCGAGGCCCCGGAAGCCGCGCACACGUCCCUGGAGGCUUACGGCAUGACCUCUGUAAGGGACGUCCUUUAGUCACCUGUUCGCAUGAACGACCGACUGUAGACGCAUGACCUACAGUCCUCUAUCCUGCCUCUGGCGACGGUGGAUCUCUUUCAGGAGUCUGGACGGAAGCAGCAAGAGGGGGGAGAGAGAGAGGGGGACGUAAAACAAGCGCAGGAGAGCACGGAACGCAGCAGCAAACAAGGGCUCUUUUGUGGCUGGGAUGAGAUAUUUUUUUAAAUCAUUUCAAUUUCGACUUGUUACAGGGUACUUUUUUUUCAACCUCAUCUGUAAGAAAUCCAUGUGAGCUUCCUGGAAAGGAAGAAAAAAAAGAAAACUAGACAUGAAAUCAGUUCCACACCUUAAUCCCUUACCCUCAUCCACCAGCCUUCCCCACACCUCCACGCUCCACGUGUGACCAGCCCUGCCGCUGCCCUGUGGACCGAACCUUCCAGAACUCUCUACAUGGCAUCAGGACACACACACGCAUACACACACACACACCACACACACACACACCCCUCUCCCCUCUGCUCAGUAUACACACAGAUUUUACUGUGACAUCCGAAGUUGUAUAGACUCUCCUGUGGAUAAACUGGAAAUUUUUUAUGUUGUCGCUCUCUCUCUCUCUGCCAGUUUCAGUAUUAAUCAUCUUCCAAUGGAAAAUCAUUACCUUCAGAGUGCAUUCGGGGUUCCUCGUGUUAGGGACUUAAGACUCUGAGGCGAGGACCCCAGGCUUAGCUGUAGGGCUCCGAGGGAGCCAGUGCCCAUCCGGAAGGGUCUUCACUCCCAGCUGGGGGAAGGCCGGUGGCUGUCCCAGGAUUGCACCAGCAUGUUCAAUAGAGAAGAGGUUUUCUAUAUCUUCAAGCACUUAUAUCCUAGUCCGUGUUCAAAGUGUCAACUGUACAGUAAGCAGCCUUGUGUAUAUGAAAAACAAUAAAUACUAUGCAAACCGAUA